AUGGUACCGCGGAAUGAUGACCACCUGAGGCGACCGCCGCUCAACCAUUUGCUGUCCAUUCAGAGCACCGUGUCCAAACACUCAUACCGCUCACACACCUCAUCCUUUGAGGCCGACGAUGAGUUCUCCUCAACGGACGACUCAUACUCUGGCACCGACAGCAUGACCCCACGCGCGAGUAUCGACGAGGACGGGCGAUCGUCCGGUGCCUAUCCGGGGGAAGACACCCGCCCCACGAGCAGCAAGGAGCUCCAAGGUUUCUAUGCCUACGGGUUCGCCGCCGAAGUCUACGUGAUAUGUGCUAUCUCAUCAUUCAUACCCAUCCUGCUCGAAAGUCUCGCCAGGGAAAACGGCGUCCUCCUGUCCGACCGACAAACACCCUGCGGCGACAGCUCUGCUAGGAAAGGGAAGGCUAGCGAUGGGCAGUGCAUCGUGGAAAUCCUGGGCAUUGAAAUCAACACUGCAAGCUUCGCCAUGUACACAUUCUCCAUCAGUGUUCUACUGCAAGCCAUAUUGGUCGUCAGUAUCAGCUGUGCUGCUGAUCACGGCAAUUACAGGAAGCGCCUACUCCUGACAUUUGGCUGGAUGGGAGGCAUCUGCGUGAUGCUGUACAUAUUCAUUUCUAAGCAGGUGUACGUACUUGGGGCUCUGUUGGCUAUUAUAUCCAACACGUCCUUUGGUGCUUCGUUUGUCCUUCUGAACUCUUUCCUCCCCCUUCUGGUUCGUCACCAUCCGAGGGUUCAGUAUGCAGAAGGAAUUCUUCACGACGAAACGAGCUCAGAAUCGCAGAAUGAAGAUUACUCGGCGGACGAGGGACGCCCGUUGGACGAGGGAGACGCUGUUCAGCUUCCUACAGAUGAUAACAACUCGGAGUUUCACCAGCUCACGCGUACCUCAACCAAGUCAGAACUGACUUCCCUUGAGCUUCAAUUAUCCACAGAGAUUUCCUCCAAGGGGAUUGGCAUUGGCUAUGGGGCCGCCUUGUUUGUUCAAUGCGUAUCCAUCAUGAUUUUAGUAGCCAUGAAGAGUUCGACUUGGUCGCAAAGGGUUGUGCUCUUGUUUAUUGGUUCUUGGUGGACGCUAUUUACCAUUCCUGCUGCUAUGUGGCUUCGCCCGAGACCGGGGCCACCUCUACCGGACUUGCAGACCAAGGGCCGGUGGACUUGGCUGUCGUAUACUUUAUAUGCGUGGAAGAAUCUAUUUCGAACAAUCAAGUUGGCUCGACGUUUGGUGGACAUUGUCCUCUUCCUUGCCGGAUGGUUCUUGCUCUCGGAUGCCGUUGCAACCACAUCCUCCACUGCCAUUCUAUUUGCCAAGACCACGCUCGGCAUGAAGCCAUGGGCUUUGGGACUGAUCAACGUCAUUUCUACAACGACCGGUGUUAUCGGCGCGUUCAGCUGGUCUUUCAUUUCGAGGAGACUCAAGCUUCAGCCUCACAAGACCAUUCUUGCUUGUAUCGCGCUAUUUGAAGUUAUACCGCUGUACGGAUUACUAGGAUACUUGCCAUUUGUGCAGAACUGGGGCGUGAUUGGUUUACAGCAGCCCUGGGAGAUGUACCCAUUGGCGGCAGUCUACGGCUUGGUGCUCGGUGGCCUCAGUUCCUACUGCCGUUCUCUAUACGGAGAGCUUAUCCCGGCUGGGUCAGAGGCCGCAUUCUACGCCCUGUAUGCGAUUACUGACAAGGGCUCAAGUGUCUUCGGACCAGCCAUUGUCGGUGCCAUUAUCGACGCGUCUGGAGACAUUCGCCCUGCUUUUUGGUUCCUGGCAGCACUCGUGGGUUUGCCUGCACCGCUCAUCUACUUUGUCAAUGUGGAACGUGGAAAACAAGAGGGCGAAAAACUUGCUGCCGUGAUCAAGGGGUAUAAAAGCCAGGCAGACCUGUCGACUGAGGAUGCUCAUACUGCAGAUGAACGCCGCGGUAUGCUCGCCGAAUAUGAGAGAGAUGAGAACGACAGGUGA